AUGUUAUUAGAGUUUCUCUGAAGCCAGUAUAAAACAGUGACUAUUUGAUGUUGACUCUUAGGGACGAGGAAGAACAGAGAAGAAUGAAAUCGUGGACAUGGCAAUCAAAUAUCUACAUCACCUUCAAGCUCACUCCUGUAAAGAUUCCAGCAGUUGUGAGGUGAGGAAGAAUGUUGAUCAAAACCAACGACAUCACUACAAGAUGGGGUUUCAGGAAUGUAUGUUUGAAACCAUCCGGUUUCUAAUGGAAACUGACGGCAUGUUCAAUGGAGAACAAUCUCGUAUGCAGUUGGUUAAACAUCUCCAGAAACACUACAACAAAAUUAAUGAAGACACAUGCAUCAACAACGCGGAAGUUUUGAACCCUUUGAUGUCGACAGAAAAUAUCGCCGAUGUUCCUUUAGAGGAAGAAGCUUACUUAAAACCAAGUACGCCCUCUGAUGAGAUUAUGCCACCGUCACGUGCCGUUGAUUCAACUCGGUGUCAUCAUAUUUUUGGUAAGAAACUUCCAUUAAAGAUUUCCUACAUGUGUACUGACCUUACAGCCACGCGGUCACACCCAGAGGUUUCUGUCCCGCUCGCCAAGUCGCUACACAGCGAUGAGUCAACAGUUGAGAGUCAACAUUCGAGCCAACUCAGGGAGAUGCUACAAAACCCUGGACUGCCAGUGAGUAGCAACACUAGAAAUACGUGCUCUGCUCCUGGUAGCUCUCGUGUUCUCCAAAAGGGGAAGUUGGUCUACAAGUUCAAGCAGAACAUAAAGGAGCGAUUCACUGCAGACCAACAAUCGUACAUUUCUCUUGUUGAUACUCAACGGAACACCGACCACUCAGGUAAUUUAAAUUCUUCACAGCACCAAAGUCAUUCUCCUCCCGGAAUGACAAACUCUUUAUCCUGUUCACCAGGGAUUCUCCUUACGCACUGCCCCCUAAUUCUUCACAGCCACGAGUUAACUGCUGAGAAGAGCUCCUUUGGGGGUAGAAACUCUCCUCAAUGGGACAAUGCGGUGGACUCUAGUAGCAGCUGUAGGUCUAACCCUAGCCCUUCUUCAACUGUGCUGCCUACCAGUAGCAACUGUGAAUACAGUGCAAACAGUGACGUGCCUACGUACAUAGCGAAACGUAAAUAUAGUUCACAUAGGAGGCAUCCCACCAACAUUAGUGUUCGUUCUCCAAGUUUCUUUUCUCCCACGUGGACUUCAGGUAUUCCAGUAUUCGCUCUACAUCCUAAAGGAACAUUUUACAUCCCAUUGACUCUAGAUGCUGGAUUGCUAGAUCCGUUUGUUAACAGUCAUGAUGACAAAAUUCCCGUUUUGCAUCCGGUUAGCAUAUCGGUGAACUUCAGCUUUAGUGGGUCUAUUAAAGACCCUGAAAACAUGAACGAUCACAGUCCUGACAGUUAUAUAUCUGAUAAUCGUCAAGAAAAAAUGAAAAUUAUGUUCAGUGUUAGAUGAAGUGUUAGGCUUAGCAGACAACUAGUAAUAUGAGAAGUUGUGUGUUAAAACAGUAAAUACGCACUACCGGUACUUGUGUUUAAAAUUUUAAAAAAUAACUAAAAACAAGUUUUAUAUUUACACAAUAAAAACUUUAUUGAAGUCGUACGGCUUCCA